GGCAUUUAUACCGUACUUUACGUCGACUUUGUCAUAACUCGCUCAGUCUGAAAAUAGGAAACUGAAAUGAAAAGUGGUGUGGCAGUGCAGUGAAUCUUUAGCUGUUCAUCAAUCUUGUGUUCUUCUCAAAAGUGUAAGCCCAAGUACUGGAAUCGGUCCUCUAGAAGGGAAGGAUCCAUUUUCAUCAAUUUUCAGGAAAAAUUGGUAUACUCAAGGAUGCCUACUGCUACUCCAGCUGGUCAGCUUCCCAUGCCCCCUCUCCAAACAUAUGUAGCAAUCAGCUUCCUGUUCUUAGCUUGGUCACUUCUACAAGCCAGAGAAGGUCUCUCUUUACUAGAAACCAUGCAGGCUGGCAAGGAGAAAGGUCCUGCCGAUGUCAGUCCUAUCCAGGAGUCACUGGUCACCCCUGCCAUCGGUGAGCCGGUCAGUCGUGAACCAGUCAAGGGAGAAAGUUCUAACAAUCUACUGGAUGAGCUUCUUGGUUUGAAACAUAGAGAUGUGGAUCCAAAUGGACACGGGAUUUCACUUGGAUCUUCUCAAGAGCAGCCCCCCAAAGGCUCUCCUGCUUCAUCUCCAGCAACGAGCUCUACUCCUUACGAUGGGUACCUGUCAGGAUCAGAAUCCAGUCCUGGUCCGGAUCCUGUUUCUCCUCUGGACGGUGGUGAAGGAAUGCAAAAGAUCCAGGACCAGGAAAGCGUUAGACCUAGUCCAGAGGAAAUCCAAGAAGAGAUCUUCCGUAACUUGUCAUUUGAUUUUCGUAUCCAUCCUGACGACAGUGAUGUCAUCAAGGUGAUGAAGCUCAUGCUUCAGGAUUCUCUCUCUGUCGUGGUUGUAAUCAACAUGGCAUUUUGUUGCCUUAUACUCCUUGGAAAGGCUAUCCAGUAUAUUGUGUUUGGCAACCUUAGAGUCAUAGAAAGACAGCAUCUCCGAGACAAGUUGUGGAACUUCUCUUUCUACAAGCUCAUAGUGGUGUUUGGUGUACUCAAUGUUCAGACCCUAGAGGAGUUGGUUCUCUGGGUUGGAUGGUUUGCUAUUUUGGCUUUCCUUCAUGGCUUUGCCCAACUUUCCAAGGACAGGUUUGAAUAUCUUGCGUUCUCUCCUACGACCUCCAUCAAGACGCACGGUUUGGUGAUAACUCUAUUGUUUCUCAUCUUGGGUGUAACCGGUGCUCUGAUGGCGGGUAGCUUCUAUCUCUGUUUUGAGUUAGAUUGGAAUCUACUCUUCUUUAUGCUGGCUGAGUGCAUUUUGGUUGGCAUCCGGGCAAUCUUUGUCCUUGCAAGAUAUGCUAUUCACCUGUAUGACUUGCACCAUGAAGGAGUCUGGGAGAAUAGAGGCAGUAUUAUAUACCAUACAGAACUGGUCCUGGAACUCAUCACACUUACCCUGGAUUUUGUGCACCAUCUUCACAUGCUAUUGUGGGUGAAUGUAUUCCUGAGCAUGGCCAGCUUGUUGAUCUGUAUGCAGCUAAGACAUCUGUAUUAUGAGAUCCAACGGAGAGUCCAGAGACACAGGAACUACAGGAGAGUGGUUGCUAACAUGGAAGCAAGGUUUCCCCGAGCUACUGAAGAGGAGCUGAUAGCAAACAAUGAUGAUUGUGCUAUUUGUUGGGAAGAAUUGAAAGGAGCCAGGAAGCUUCCAUGUAAUCAUCUCUUUCAUGAUGCCUGUCUGCGUUCUUGGUUGGAGCAUGAGACAUCUUGUCCAACCUGCCGCCAAUCUCUUACCAUCCAAACUACCCCAUCCCGUCCUACCCCGGGGAGGGGGCCCACUCCACCUGGUCAUGGUGUCAGACCUAACCCAGCUGCUAUGAUGGGAGGGGGAGAGGCAAGGCCUAACCAACCUCUCAGAAAUCACUUCUUUCAUUUCGAUGGAUCCCGUAUAUUCAGCUGGCUGCCCAGUUUCUCAGUAGAAGUGACCCAUGCUCAUGUAGUAGGCCCUCAAGCUGCUCAUACCUCACAGCUGGAUAAUAUGGCAAGACAAGUGAGCCAGAUGUUUCCUAAUGUUCCCAUGAGAGCCAUCCUUGAGGACCUCCGUGUUACCAGAUCAAUUGAAGUGACAGUGGAUAACAUACUAGAUGGCAGAGUGGCCACGAUGGGGAUGGUCGGCGAUAACAACCCUGAUGCUGGAGACCAGCCUGAUCAAGUACCUCCAGGAAACUUCCAAGCCUUCCAACCAAACCAAGAAGAGGAUGAAGGCAGGGGAUUGCUCUACAGACAAGCAAGGCAGCAUCCUAGAGAAGAGGAGGGUUCUAUUGAAAUCACCAGAGGGAUGGAAGGAACAGAGGACAAUGCUGCUAAUUGGACUAGACCAGACUCAGGGACAUCUAACUCUGCUCCAGGAACGCAAGAUCCAGAUCUCAGUAGCGGCUUCCCAAGUUAUUCCAGUCGAUUCUCAAAGUCUUCUUCAGAAAGAGAAACAAUCCUCCGGCAGCGGAAAGAGAAGCUCUUACAGCAGGCCAGAAGGAAAUUUCAAGAAAAGCAGUUGAGAGAAUCCACAUCGGAGACACCACAAGGCGCAUCACACUCGCAACCUUCGACAUCCUCGAUGCAUUCAGGAAGCCAGGAGACCUCUCAAGGUACCUCUGUCCAGCCACCACCCAGGAAUCAACCUCUUCUGUAUUACCGUGCUACAGAGGAUAACAGAGUGGGUGAUGAUAGGCAGAGGGUUAGGGCAGCAGCGUUGGAAGCGGCCCUCCGUAGACUCCAGCAACAGCAGAGUCCAAUAUGAGCAGCUGGUCUUGCUCAUUCUCACUACAGUAUCUGUCAACGAACUAUUUUUGCCUACAUGACUGACAUCGGACAUUGCUGACAUUAUGUUUGUAUUGUUAUCGUCUGCUAGAGGUGUAAAAAAGCUCUGCGUCUUGAUUUGUAAGCUAUGGGUUUCCCAAGGAACUUUUUUGGAAAAGGCAGCUUA